AUGGGCGGGACAGUCGAGAACGUUCGGGUUGUGGUGCGCCUGCGCCCUAUGGAUCAGCGGGAAAAAAUUGACGGCACCUACAAUUGCGUGUCAGUUGAUUCUGUAAACAACACCAUAGCAGUCACACGGAGCAACGUUUCUCCGCCGGAUCCGCCAAGGAUUUACGCCUACGAUGCCGUUUUCGAUAGCAACACGAGUCAGACGGAAUUUUCGGGUUCGGAUUUUGACAUACAAGAGCCAUACUUAGCGCUACGCUUCGACUCUGAAUUGUAG